CAGCACGGGCAGCUUCGACGGUGGUCUAGGGCCGGUAUAUAAACAUAAAAUCUGCUGUCUGCAUGCUAGGGCGGGCUAAAUCUUCGUGACAACACGCUGCUGUCGCGAAAUUUACUGUGCUCCUUGUUUACGCGUGGGCGUCUAGACAUGGAUGCAGCUGCUAUCCGGAAUUUGAAAAUUAAGACAGGGAUUGUGAAACGAAUGACAAAGGAAAAGGCGGCCUACCUUAAGGAGGUCGAAGUCGAGAGGGAGAGGGUCAUCAAGAUGAAAGAAAUGGGCAAGGACGAAUACGAUCUGAAGCGGCAGGAAGCCGUGGUCAAUGAGACCCUCAGCAUGGUUCCAGACAGCCACAAGAGGUUGCUGAUAGCAUACAAUGAGCUCAAAGAGGUCCUGGAGAGUUCUGAACACCUUUCAGAACGGGAAGAAUACCUCGCUGCCAAGGAGGUGCUGGAACAGGCACAGCAGUCGUUAGAGUCUCCGUAGCUUAUCAACAUUGCUUAGGAGGGUGCCUACUUUAUUCAAUAUGUGUUAUCUAAGCAACAUUUUCUCUAAAUUAUUCAAGGUGCCAGCAGCCCAUUUCUUACAACCGUUUAUCUUUUUGGCUACAGAAACAAAACAGCUUUGUAUUGGGGUCCUUUUCUAAUUUGGGUUUUGUUGCCAGGUGGACGUUAAGCAAAGGAGUGAGAUGUGACAAGGUAUAGUUGAAAUGUGCUAGCUUUAGGGACAAUUUCAAAGAGUUUAUAAACACUAAAUGCAAGGGAAGAGCAGGAACGCUGCCGCCACAUUCCCCUCUGCCUUUCUGCUUUUAAUGUUAAGUUGGAGACCGCCCCUUUUCAGCAUCCCCGAUAAUACACUUCACAGUUUUGAGGUGUUAAACAGCACAAUUUAUAUAUUUCUUUUCACCUUAGCCUAUCUUCUGCACCUGUCCCUAGAUAUAAAUAGAGAAAGAGAACUCAUAUUUAACUGCCUUGACUGCCAAACUUCUGUAGUCUUUAAAGACACUGAAAAGCUUUUCAACUCUUCACUGAAUAGAAGUAUCAUGAAUGUCCAAUUAUAUAGUGGUACUUUUACCUAAAUUCACCUAGCUCUUUGCCAAUUCAUUUCUUUGUUUUUUUUUAUAUAAUGUUAAUUCGCUGGCUAAUCUUUCCUACUACUUUGCUGACUACUCGGAAGAUAUGCAGUCGGGGUUGCUACAAGCAAGAUUUAAUGGUAAAUUUGGUAUUCAAGCUAUGUAAGCACCUUGCUACAAAAACCUUGGAAAGGUAGUAUAGCCUUGGAAAACUAUUGCGGCCAUGCCAGCAGUACAUGUCUGUGCCUUAGACUUCCAUGUUAGCUGGCUACUUUAUGCAUUUUUUAAUAGUUUUUGUGUCUUUUUAACAAUUAUUCCUUAACGUUCACAUGUCAACAUAACCCAGCUGGAAAGGCAAAAUUUAUGCAGCUUUUGUAGAUUUUAAAAGAAAAGCAAGCAAGACUCCACUUUAAAAUGCUGUUAGUCAAAUGGCUUCGUAACACUAAGUCUCUUUGACUUUCUUUAUUUUUUAUGGGUGAGCUUUUCUUUUUCUUUAUAUAUUUCAAGCAGAUUUGCAAGGCUGUACUACACUCUAUAGGUAUGUUUAUUUGUAAUAAAUGCUUUGAAGUGAAAA